UCUAUACAUAUGCAGUUGUAUCCAUCAAUACGCGUCUACAUAUCUUACAAAACGCAAUAUGAUAAAUUCUUCCACAUAUAAUUUUAGCAAAAGUAACAAAACAGCACCGGACGUCGAAGCGUUAGUAAAGGCUCUGCGAGAAGAGAAAAUGCGUAACGCUAAAUUUUCCUCACUAUUGGCUAAAAAAUCUACGCAGGCGAGUGGUUGGCUAGAAGAACCGAUUGAAAAUUCUGGGUUGGGAACAUCACCACGGGCAGCUCCAACUCCACUUCAUGAUCCAUUGCAAUUUUCUAACGAACCAUCCAUAAUAUCAACAAUGUCUUUCGCUACGCUUCAAAUAUCCGAGUGUAAGCCCAAAGAGGGGGAGGAUGAAAUCGAUAAAAAAACAUUCGUUCGUUGGAAGGAUCAAUUCGAAGCAGGAAUGCAUUUCGCUGGUAUUACUAGUGAAUACAUGAAAAUAAGCGCUUUCAAAAUGAAGGCAGGCAGUAAGUUGAUAGAUAUGCUCGAUAGUAUUCAGUCUAACAUCAAGUAUGCAAACGAAGAACUACGUCCAUACUCAAAUGCGAUUCAAAGAUUGGAGACGCAUUACAACUCACGGGACUACAUAUUCCUGCGGAAUCAAAAACUACGAUCGUCAACUCAAAAUAUCGAUGAAACAGAUUUGGCUUACGUUAAAAGAAUAAUCGAACUUGCUAAGCUAUGUGACUACAAUGACGAACAAAUGACUGAAAUAGUAGCAGACGUGAUUCAAUCGCAUGCUUUGAACGUAAGGAUUCGCGAAGCAGCAAGGAAAAUUGUACGUAAAAACGGUACUAUUACAAACUUAAUAGACAAGGUGCGGGAAUGCGAGAUCGAAAAGCUAAACGAAGAAAUAUUUAAAAAUAACCAUCAGCAAACCAGGGCUCCUGCAGUAGUAGCGGCGGUAUCACGCAGACCCCAAACUGGUUACGGAGCUCGAUCCGAAACAAUAGAGCGGGAUAACUGGAAGAACAUGUACGGACCUCAAAGACCUUAUCAACGAUCGGGGAGUAUGCAAAAAGGCAGAGGCAUGCAUAGAGCUAAUGCAGAUAAAAAUUCAGGCACACGACGACCGCAGUGCUGGAGAUGCACGAGCUUUUUCCAUACUCCAGGAAAUUGUCACGCUAUUGACAAACGCUGCCGUCGUUGUCAAUCCAUGGGCCACAUCGAACGCGCGUGUAACAAUUAUGCAGGAACAAAACGCCGCCCAGCAGAGGAAGAAGGACCGCACCAUCCAAAAAUACGGAAGAUCGCAGCAAUCACAAACGGCGAAGACAAUGUGAACGUAAUAGCGGAUGAGGACAAAGAAACCAUAAUCGAGAUGAGACAAACGGACGCCAGACACACAAACAAGGCAUUAUGCAGCAUUUUCUCCACUUGGGGCUUGCCUUUAAUACUCCAGAGCGAUAACGGGCCUCCGUUCCAGGGCACAGAGUUUGUAGAUUUCUGGGAGUCCAAAGGGGUGAGAGUACGUAAAUCCUUACCUCUGAGUGCACAAUCAAAUGGAGCUAUUGAGCGACAAAAUCAAGGGGUGAUUAAGGCCAUGGCCGCUGCUAAAGCCGAAGGAAAACACUGGAAGACUGCAAUGGAUGAGUAUAUCCAUACUCACAACACGAGGAAACACCAUUCUCGUUUAGGCAUCACACCAUUUGAGCUGUUAGUGGGAUGGCGUUACCGAGGCACUUUCCCGUGCCUGUGGGAAUCGAGGCAACCGCUGGACCGCUUGGCAGUACGAGAGGACGAUGCGUUUGCAAAACUAGUUAGCAAAACGUAUGCUGACAAACAUCGGGGGGCGAAAGAUAGCAAUAUAAUGGUCGGCGAUAGGGUGGUUGUAGCAAUUGUACAAAAAACAAAAACCGAUCCCACAUUUUCAAACGAAAGGUAUACUGUACUAGCCAGAGAUGGGGCAAAAGUUGUACUAGUGAACGAAAGAGGGACAAAGUUAACUAGGAACGUAAGCGAUGUUAAGCGUGCUCUAGAGGUAGACGAUCAAAAAGAAAGGCAACAGCAUAGCAAUAGUGAGACAUUGGAAUACUCUGAACCAAAAAUUGUUACACAAACGGCCGAAUCCAUUAAUAAUAGUCGAACAAAACGAGAAGUUCGCUUACCAGAGAGGUUUAAAAAUGCAGUUUUGUAUAAUAUUAACCAGUAAAGAGUAGGAAUCAAUUAGUCACUGAAAGCCAAGCCCACAAGUGGGUACAGGCAGGCCUUGACCGACAUCGGUUAUUGAGCCAAAGAAGGAAAAGAAAGAGUAGGAAAGGAGGAAGAUGUAGAGAAUGGAAAUAGCAUAGGAGGAGCAAAAGAAGAGAGAACGUAAAACUUGUACUAAAAACAUCAAGAAAGUAAUUAAUUUCACAUAGAAGAACGUAACCGGCUUUGCGACGUAACAGAGAUUUCAAAUAGCCGGCGAAUCAGAAGGAGACGGAAAUGGAGAAGCAGAGAGAGAUAGCAAUAUCAGGGCGAAAUAAAACCCAAACGUAGGAAACGUCAGGCAAGAAAAAUGAAGAAAACGUCAAAAGAGGAAACGAUUCAGUCUUGUGUUUAGAGAAGUCGAAGACAGACGUAAAGCUAGAACAAGCUUAAUAUAAAUUAAAGAACCCUUUUAAUAAGAAGGAACUUAUUUGAAAUAAAAAAAAAAAUGUCAAAAAGAACCUUAAAUCACGACAGCUAGGAAAGGUCAUUCUCCGUACAGGAGCUAGGUCGUUACCCUGUGACGUAUGACAGUUGUUGACAGGCAACGUUUCCAAUACACGCAUACGACGGUGUUGGAACGAAGUCCAACUGCCCGCUGCGCAAAGCGAUUGAAAAUUUCUCAGCCUCUCGUUCAAUGUAGGGUAAAUGUACCAAUAGUGGUGCAAUUUGUAGUGGUACCGAUGUGUUGUAAUGGAUUUAAAGUGUCAGGAAGGACAAUUUCUGAAUAUUUUAAGACAUAUGUUUCGGAAAAUGUUUUAUCUUCGCAAUCACAACCAUUUUUACC